AUGAUUUUGCUAGACGUAUACAAUCGAAGUGUUGAGGAACUACUACUGAACCGAUUUGAAAAAGCAAAGGAAGAACCAGAUGCCAAGGUUCGCAUGAAUUACACCUUACCGGAUUUUGACGGAGUUGUGUAUCACGUUUGUGACUCAGGACCCGAUAAGAAGCGGAUUCUUGUCAGUAUUUUUCUGAAGUUUUUUGACGAGCUCAAACAACAUGGUGCAUUGGAGUAUCUGAGAAAAGUUUAUGGAGACUUAUUGGCCGAUGAACCUAAGGCCGGUCAAAGUGUCACGUUAAACAUCGAUCUGGAUAAAUUGGAAGAUGACUACGCUCCUUUGGCACGGAAAUGUGCUAUGUUAAAACGUAAUUGUAUGGCUUCCGUUUUUGUUAAAUUCUUCGAUCUUCAACCUACACUGGAGCCGAAGGCCGCGGUGGAACGUGCAGUUAUUCACUACCGAAAUGAUGAGACUUUGUAA